GUCACCCUUGUCUCCACCCCACCACAAAAUAGAACAAAAUAUUCAAUUCUCAAAUAUUUAAACCGUGCUGCUGAUAACCCCACACGGCACAGGCACACAUUUCUUUUCUUUGGGGGUGAGCUACAAUUCCAUCAACAGCAACACAUCACAUCAAACGACAUUCGAACAAGAAAAGAGAACGACCUGCAGAAAAAUAUAGAACACCCUAAUCAAUUGAAUUAAGAAAAUUGUAAAAGAAUUUAAUUCUGGACCGCUUGUGAUUGAAGCACUCGAACUGUGUUACGCAAGAAAUGCUCAAUCGCCUGCUCCACAAUUUAAAACAUCGCUCCAAUGUUACCCUCCGUCAGUGGUCAUAUCAGUGUGAGUACAUUUUUGCCCAGCGUUCGCGGCGUGCCCAGCAACUGUUGACCUUCUACCAUCGGGUAUGGGGCGAGACCGGAUUCAAGGAGCUGUUGCGAAGCUAUCGCACUCAAUUCCAGCCUCCGAUACAGGGCCUUAUGUUGAGUGCCGUUGGGGCUCUGGCAUUCGAUUGGGACAACGAACGGAUCCAACUCAACAAGUUCGAACUCUGUCAGUCGGACAUGGACUUCAUCGACCGUGCCGAAAGAGCUCUUGUGUGCGAGGUAUGCAGUCAGUGGUCGAGAACGGUCUGUUAUUGUGCAUCGAACACAGACGACCGCAUAUGGGAGCCCUAUGUGACCAGGGACAACUACACAAUCUGGAAGCGCGAGGAGAAGCCAUCUCUGUACGCCUACAAGAUUUACGUUCACUACGACGACGUCUCGGCCGAUGACUUCCUCAACGUCCAGACCGACAUCGAAUAUCGCAAACAAUGGGACUCAACGGCUGUCAAGCUGGAGGUAAUCGAGUGCGACACGAUGCCAAACUCCAACAGCCAUCUGAUAUACUGGGAGAUGCAGUGGCCCAGAUUCUUCGCCAAUAGGGACUACGUUUACUGUCGACGCAUCCUAACCGACAAGGAACACAAUGCAAUUCUAAUAUACAACCAGAGCACCAAGCACCCCAAGUACCCUGAGGACCCACAGAAGGUGCGCGUUAACGAAUAUUGGAGCUACAUGGUCAUAAAACCCUACAAGACCUUCCAAGAACCUGGAAUUCACUAUGUGUUGACAUAUUUCGACGACCCUGGGUUGGCGAUUCCCGCACGAGUGAAAUCCUGGGUCACCCAAAGCCAGAUGCCUGACUUCCUCAACAGACUCUACGAGGCAACCAAGGAAUACGCCCGCAAUCGUUCCCAGUCAAAGACAAAACAAAUUUCCAGCCACUUCAAGAUGUCAACAUCUGAGUGCCGAACAAACGACGAGGAUCGAGGCAGUCGACUAGACAGCGGCGGUGGUGGUGGACCUAGAGUACCGAAAAUUGAGCCAAUACAGGUUGGGAAGUAGGUAGAAGUGCACCUCUCCCGGUCUGUUUCUUUUCUUAUUUUUUUUUUUUGAAACGAGACUUGUUUUCAUAUUUUAUCACAUCCCUCUUUAAGCUAAUUCCAAUCUAACUAUUGUUAUACAAUUUUCCCUAAUUUACCUCUAUCUCUCUACCCCUUCUUCUCUUUCUCUUUUUCGAGUAAGGUUCUAUAUUUUAUUAAAUCCAAUUGGCGGUUGUUAACGAAGUGCACUAACGCUAAGUGCAUGGCAUUCGAAGAAGUUGCAAAAAGUGUACAUUUUUUUAAAUAUUGAAUUAGUAGCAUUUAUUAUUAAUUUUGAUAAACGAUCUUUUGAUUUUUAAGAUUUUAUCACGUGUUUUUUAAUUGAAUUGGAGAAAAAAACAAAAAUGUUAAAGUAUUUUGAAGAGAAGAGAAUUACAUAAAAUAAAACACUAAAAUAUCCUGUUUUCUUAUGAUGA